GUCAUCGAGGUCAGCAUGCGCCGGCGCUCGUGUCGAGAGCAGACGCACGUAAAAUAUAUUUUUAUCUCAUUCACCUGUGUUACCUUACGAUAACAAGGUGAUUUACAUACUAAUAUAUAUAUUUGCGAAUAUAUCUUAAAAAGUGCAUAAGUGAUAAGUGUGUGAUAUUUAUUUAAAGAAAAAAAAGAAACAAAUAUGAAAUUGUUUUUACUCUUUGCGAUCUUUACCCUGAUCGCGGGUGAUCCUGAAGGAUCUUUCUGCUGCAAGCCGGAACAGGGUAUUUUGGUUGCGGACGAUACUAGCUGUUUGGAUAUUGAACGAAAUAAAACGACACCCAUAAAACUAAAAUGUGAAAAUAUAGUUUCGAUAUCAAUAUCGGCGUUAAACUUUAGUGUCACGAACGACGGAUUGUUGAUCAUAUUGGUGGAAGGUACGGAACCACAAGUUGAUAAAGACAGCUUCUGCGUAGCGAAUGAAACAACAAACAGUUCCGAAAGACACUUAGUAGUAUGUGCGGAUGAGGAUGAAGUUAUAAUGGACGAUAAAGUUUUAGGAUACUGCAUGGUGGUGUCGGUUAUAUUUAUGAUCCUGACUGCCUGCGUUUAUUGUAUGCUGCCAGAGAUGAGGGAUAUUCAAGGGAAAAGUAUAAUUAACUUCUGUAUAAGUUCAGCUGUUGGAUUCGGCGUUUUGUCAUUUAUGAAGUUAUUCGAAUACUCCGAUAUGAAUUUAUGCGCUGCCCGAGGUUUCCUCGUAUAUUUCUUUUUAAUCGCGAGCUUCUUUUGGACGAAUGCGAUAUCCAUACAAAUUCUUCUUAAUAUAAGGCGACCGACUACCUCGGACUAUGGUUGGAAGCCUUUCAUAUGGUACGCACUAUAUGCUUGGGGUAUACCUGUCAUCUUGACCGUUUGUAUGGCUAUCGUCAACUUCCACCCGGGACAGCACCCGAAACCUGGUAUCGGAUUAAAUACGUGCUGGUUUUAUACUAAAAAGCAACAAUGGCAGUACAUGUACAGCGUAAUGUCGAUCUUAAUCCUGACUAAUAUUAUAAUAUUUCUGUACAUAUCGAUACAUCUCUGCUGUCAUUCCUUCGCCUCGAGUCAUAUAAAGGCGUUGAAAUACAAAUUUGUAAUGACCGUUCGACUAUUCAUUGUGAUGGGACUGCCGUGGAUUUUUGAAAUGAUCAGUUCACUAUUGAAACCGCACAUAAUAUGGGUCGUGACUGACAUAUUCAACACUCUACAAGGACCGUUAAUUUUCUUGAUACUGGUCGUAUUUCGACGUAAAGUUAUAAAGGCAAUGCACAAGAGAGGCUGGUUGGACUGCAUGUCUAAUAUGGUGGAGCGCCAUCUAGCGGUCGGCAACGAUGAAGAGGACAUCGUACACCAUACAGAUGUCGCUCUCGAUGAGAGAGCAGCUAUCUAGUUUUACAAAUAUCAAGAUAU